AUGUUUCUCCCCGGCUUUUCUCGCUACAUGGGAGCAGAAUUUCGCUCCAGCAUCUUCCAGCCGUCUGUUCGACGACAACUAUGGUCGCUGCCCACUCGCUCAAAUAUAUCUCUACAACUGAGCACCCUAUCCGUUCACAAACCCCUUUCUAUGAGCGUUAUGAACCUCAGCUCGCGCAUCACUUCGCUUCCAUUUAUAUGCAAAGCUGCAGGGGUAACCAGUGUCGGCAUUGGGCUCUCGAUAUACGCGGCACCCAACAUCUUCUGUGAACCCGUUGCCGCCAGGACCUCUCCGCCGCCAGUCUCCUCGCCCAGCGGUGCAGCACCCUUGUCAUCCCCCGAACCCUUUCCCGAACCACCAACAUCCUCCGUCAGUUACCUGGAGCUUUCCUUCGGUACUAUAACGGGAAUUUGUGCCGGCGUUUUCGUCAAGAAAGGUGCCAAGGCUCUCGCCUUCGUACUUGGUGGCGUAUUUGUACUGCUCCAGUAUCUCGGAUCCAUGUCUCUGAUUCGUGUAGACUGGGCGCGGGCGUCGUCGCGCUUUGAGAGUCUCCUCUAUACCAAGGACGCGAGCGGGCAGAAGAGGGCACCUAGUGUCGGCUCCUUGUUCCGGUGGCUUAUUGACUUCUUAACAGCCGACUUCCAGCAGAGGGCAUCUUUCAUCGCAGGAUUCGGCUUGGGACUGAGGAUAGGUUGA